AUGGAUAAAUAUGUCAACCUGAAGAACCUGAAACCCAAUUAUGAUGCUGGAAUAAGUGGAGGAUCUAGUAGUAAAUUUGAUUUGAAUGACUCCGGUUCCCUAUCAGACUGUUGCAGUAAAAAUAAAAAGCUAAAAUCAAAUCAUGGAGCUGCAGUUGCAGGACCAAGUACUCCUAGUAGUAGUAGUAGUAGUCAUAGUAUGAGUAAGAGUACAUUAUUUGUGGUUACUGAGACUGACUCUGAGGCUGAAGCGGAACUCCAGAAUGUAUCUUUAGAGGUAGAGGUGGAAGAUAAUGGAAGCAUGAUAUUUGACAAAAGCGGAAAUGAAGAAGACGAUACAGAAGACGAGGUGGAAUCUGUUCAGCCUGUGGUUCAGAAAAAGAAACUCAAUAUUCACAAGCAUAAAUUUCAAGAGAAGUGGCUACAGAUUUACCCGUGGUUGAGAUUUGAUAAUAAUAAAUUAUUGUGCUAUCCUUGCAACAACCAUUUAGGAUUCAAAAUCUAUGACAUUAAAAGACAUGACCAUAAAAAAAACUGUUCGAAGCUGAGAAAUACACCAAAAAUAACCAACGUCUUAGAAAGUGAAGCAGUUUUAAAAAAACACCAACAAGUAAAGAGAGCAGAGUUGAAAAUUUGUGCAUUUUUGCAUGAACACAACUUACCUUUUUUAUUAGCAGAUCACUUACCAAAGUUCAUAAGAAGUAUAUGCCCUGACUCAGAUAUUGCCAAAAAUAUCAACUGCAGUCGCACCAAAGCUACAUAUUCAACUAAUGAGUGCAUAAAUCUUGAACAGUUGGAAUAUCUAUCAAAUAUAUUGAAGAAGAACAAGUUUUCAUUGCUCAUUGAUGAAACUACAGAUAUAAGCACUGAAAAAUCUCUAGCAAUGGUGAUAAGAUUCUAUAAUGGUUAUAUUAAAAAGCUCACAUUCAAAGACGCUCAAAGGAAAUGGACUGAAAUAGGUACUAUACUCAAUAGCAUGCCGGGUGCUACCAGAGAUUGGAGGGUUGGAGAAAGGACGAAGUUAAAAGUAAGCAAUAAAAGUAAGCAUGUCAGAGGAACAGGUGGUGGACCCCCAGUCGAAGAGGAAUUGUCUGAACUAGAAGAAGACAUCGUAGACAUUGUAAAAGUGGUUUCCAUCAAGGGUCAUAAGGAAACAGCUGAAUCAGUAGUCAACUUCAAUUAUUCUGAUGAUCACUAUUUUUUAGAGAAUACAGAUGAUGAUCAAGAAAAUGAAGUUUUGAUGAUAGAAGGACCAUCUGCAGUAAAUGAUGGACAGGUUCCAGGAACUUCCAGAGAACCUGUCACAGAAAACAGAAAGGCGGAACCUACUUCAAUUGAAAAACCAAUUCCUAAGAAAAAGAAAUCUUCAACUCUGAGGCACCCUAUCGAUGCAGUAAAUGACUUCAAAGUAGAGGAUUUGGAGAACCCCGAGGAUGACACAUUAUUGAGAGAGGUCAAGGACAUACAUCUCGAUUUAGUGGAUAACUCUCGAAUUUCAAACAGAAAAUGUCAUGUUCUUAUAUAUAAUGAUACCAAAAAAAUUACCCUGAUAAAAAGAACCCUCUGUUGGCUCUUAGACGACAAAAACCCUCGCUUGAGUGCCGAUAGACUGCAGCGAGUUAGAGGCCCCAAAUGCUCUACUGAAGUCUUGAUGCCAAUGAAAGCCAUAGCAGCCAGAAAAAGAAAAAGGUAG